GAGUAUGGAAACUGAUCAUUGCAGGCAGAGCAGUGUUGGAUAAUUCUGCUCUCUCUCUCUCCCUCUCUCUCUCUCUCUCUCUCUCUCUCUCUCCCCACUCCACAUCCCCAGCGUUGCUGCUCUGACCAGACACCGUCGGAGGAAAACAAACACCAUCCACAUACUCACACACUGACUUGCAGCAGAGAGGGCUGCCUCUGCUCCUUCGUCUGCUCUCUUUCAUACACAGAUACUCACACUCCAUCUAAUUACAAACACACACUUCUUGCCUUGCAGCUGACAGAAGACCCAGAGGAGGAAACAGCAGGAAUGUGACUGAGGAUCUUCAUCUGAAAACAUCUGCCCGGAGGACUCCUCCCUCAUCCUCUCUUGGCGGUUAACCCGAGCUCUGCAGCAGCGUGUGACACCCCGCUGUGUGUUGCUGCCCGGGGAAUGCUUGGUGGACGGACAGACGAGGUCUAAGCACAAUGAGCAGCCAGGACAAAUGGGUCACACUGACCCCAGCUGAAUUCGCCUUGCUACAAGAAUACACUCAGUACUCAACCAAGAAGCUGAAGGAUGUUCUGCAGGAGUUCCAUGGAGAUGGUGUGUUGGCUAAAUACAAUCCAGAGGAGAAGCAGGAAAUCCUCAGCCAGGAGAUUGACUUUGAGGGCUUCAAGGUCUUCAUGCAGACGUUCCUGGAGAGCGAACUCCCUGAGGAGUUCUGUCAACACCUAUUUAUGACGUUCAGCAACAAGGGACCAAAACCCAGUCCCUCAUCCUCUGACAAACCCAGAGUCUCUGGGCUGAAGCUGAUCAAAGGCAACUCGACCCCUCUGAAGACGGCCGCGCUGCCACAGCCUCUGGAUACUGUGCAGCUGAAGGACAUCGUGUGUUACCUCUCGUUGCUGGAGGGCGGGCGUCCUGAGGACAAGCUUGAGUUUAUGUUUCGCCUCUAUGACACUGAUGGAAACGGGUCGUUGGACAGCUCGGAGCUCGAGCACAUUAUCUCUCAGAUGAUGCAUGUGGCAGAGUACCUGGAGUGGGAUGUGACGGAGCUGAAACCAAUCCUCCAGGAUAUGAUGCGGGAGAUUGACUAUGAUCAUGAUGGCACAGUGUCUCUGGAGGAGUGGAUCCAGGGAGGCAUGACCACCAUCCCACUGCUGGUCCUGCUGGGUCUGGAGACGAAUGUUAAAGACGACGGGCAACAUGUGUGGAGACUGAAGCACUUCAACAAGCCGGCCUACUGUAACCUGUGUCUCAACAUGCUGAUUGGACUGGGGAAGCAGGGACUCUGCUGCUCAUUCUGCAAGUACACAGUCCAUGAGCGCUGCGUGGCUCGCGCACCACCGUCUUGCAUCAAAACCUAUGUCAAGUCCAAGAAAAACACAGAGGUAAUGCAUCAUUUCUGGGUGGAAGGGAACUGUCCCACCAAGUGUGACAAGUGUCACAAAACCGUUAAGUGUUACCAGGGCCUGACUGGGCUCCACUGUGUGUGGUGUCAAAUCACGCUCCAUAACAAGUGUGCCUCCCAUGUGAAACCUGAGUGUGACUGCGGACCCCUGAAGGAUCACAUCCUGCCCCCCAACUCAAUCUGCCCUGUCGUCCUGGAAAGACAAUCGACGCUGAGGAAAGACUCCCGGUCCAGCCAGUCGAGCCGGGGGAAGAUGCAGAGGGCCAACUCCGUCACAGUGGACGGUCAGGGACUGCAGAUCACAACAAUAGAGGGCACUCAUCCUCUGCUAGUGUUUGUCAAUCCGAAGAGCGGGGGGAAGCAAGGAGAGAGGAUUUACAGAAAGUUCCAGUAUCUUCUGAACCCGAGGCAAGUGUACAACCUGGCCAAGAAUGGACCCAUGCCGGGGCUGAACUUCUUCAGAGAUGUUCCUGACUUCAGAGUGCUGGCCUGCGGAGGGGACGGCACUGUGGGCUGGAUCCUGGACUUCAUAGAUAAGGCCAACCUGGACAGGAACCCCCCCGUGUGUAUACUUCCUCUUGGCACGGGCAACGACCUGGCAAGAUGUCUGCGAUGGGGAGGAGGCUAUGAGGGCGAGAGCCUCCUGAAGAUAAUGCGGGACAUCGAGAACAGUUCAGAGGUGAUGCUGGACCGCUGGAAGAUUGACGUCACACCCACAGACAAAGAGGAGCGAGGGGACCCGGUGCCUUACAGUAUCGUCAACAACUACUUCUCCAUCGGAGUGGACGCCUCCAUCGCACAUCGUUUCCAUGUUAUGAGGGAGAAGCACCCUGAGAAGUUCAACAGCAGAACAAAGAAUAAGCUGUGGUACUUUGAGUUCGGCACUUCGGAGACCUUUUCGGCCACAUGUAAGAAGCUCCACGACUUUUUGGAGGUUGAGUGUGACGGUGUUACUCUGGACCUCAGCAGCAUCUCCUUGGAAGGCAUUGCAAUUCUCAACAUUCCCAGCAUGCACGGUGGCUCCAACCUCUGGGGUGAGAGCAAGAAGAGGAGGGGUAACCGUAAGGGGGCCAAAAAGAGCCAGGACAAGAGGGCACCGGUGCUCGACCCCAAGGAGCUCAUGUUUGCAGUUCAAGACCUGUCCGACCAGCUGCUGGAGGUGGUGGGGCUGGAAGGAGCCAUGGAGAUGGGUCAGAUCUACACCGGCCUGAAGAGCGCAGGAAGACGCCUGGCACAGUGCUCCUCCGUCACCAUCAGAACCAGUAAAUCCCUUCCCAUGCAGAUUGAUGGGGAGCCUUGGAUGCAGACUCCCUGCACUAUUGAGAUCAUCCACAAGAACCAGGCUCCCAUGUUGAUGGGACCCCCACAAAGCCGAAGCUUCUUCUCCUCGGUCAUCAGACGAACGCGCACUGAGAGCAAAGACUGAUCGGUUCAAGAUCUUCGAGUCCUCAGAAGCACCUGCAGAGCAGCGGUCACAAGUUGAUCAUCACUCGGCCCAUUAGUGAAGAGGGGGGGCCUUUGAUGCCUGUUUGAUAGCCCAGCGUAAAGUAGCAAACUGUAGGUUCGGUAUGUAUCGCCAGCAGCGUGGAGACGUGACUGAGAAGCCCUGAUUUAAUCCAGAAUGUGGUGUGUUUAGGACUGAUGCUUCGAUCUACAGUGUGCAGAGUAGUUUGGCUCCAAAAAUACUGAAGCUAUUUCGGGAAGUCCAGUUUUAUAAAAAGUCUGUUUUUAUUUUUGCUGUUGUUAUCUGUGCCACGUGGAAAAAAACACAGAUGAAUGUGUUUUUGUGAUAUGAUGUAUUUAUUUAUUUAUUCAUAUUUUGCUGCUAUUGAUGUUUUUUAAACCGUUUUUUGCAUUUGCAUACCCCUGAUGCAUGACGGACAGUGAAAGAGGUUGCUGCUGUUGAAGCUGACAUAUCUGGAGCUUGCAGUCGAUCUUUCCAAAGUGUUUAGUAGGAGGUGAAGUUUCUUUGCUCAGCGUUUCUUAAGCGCCUCACUCAUGAAUGGCUUCAAGUAGUGAAAAGACAGAGAAUCACUUAUGCUUUCUUUUAAUGGUUCCUGCAAGUCAUCCUUGUCAUGUUUUGAUCUGCUGUGUUGCCGCUCCGUCAGUGGAAAGAUUAGGAAUGAUUAUUGAUCUUCAUAAAAAAUGCAUGACACUCUUUGUUUUACGUCGCACGAGAGAUUUCCAGACAGUUUUACCAAUUGUGUGCACACCUUCCGUUGCAUGAGUGACCAAGAUCUGGUUUGACACUUGUGGAAAUUGAUUGUUGUUUUUUUUAAUACAGUGCUGCUCGGUUUAACCAUAUCAUACUUUACAAGAUGGCUGCAUUUCAAUGAGACCCUGUGUUUUUCUGAACAGGUACUCAGGUACUUUUGAAGUGGAAAAACAAUGACUUUCCUGUAUGAGAUAUUCACAAGAACUAGUCUGACUGCCUCUGGUCAUUGAUUUGCUCCAUUGUCUACAGUUGAGUGUUUACAGUCCGCUGCACACAAAGGCGUACAUUGACCAAUUAAGGUCUAAAUACAAAAUGACUACUGACAUAUAUAUCUAGUACAAGCUUGAUUUAAAGAAUCAAUACUGAAAAUCAGUCCAAUCCAAUCAUUAGUUGUAAGAGGAAUUUUACAGCCACUCGUGUUCACAUGCCAUCCAUAAACAAUGCUCCUUUUAAAAAAUUUGAUCAUAUGAGAGUCUCCUUAUACAAAUAAAUGUCAUUAUUCUGAUUCAGUACCUUUUUGCAUUCAAGUAACAUGUAUCUCAUUCAGUCUCACCAAAGACAAACUUUAAAUCUUUUGGGACCUACAUGUACCAGUGAGACGCACACCCGAUAAAUGUGUUGUUUUUAACUGACUUGCACUCCUGCUUGUUUUCUGAGAAUGAUUUUAGGCUUGACUGUUUCAGUCUUUAAAAGUGCCAUACGCUAGUGGAGGCUGAGGUCUUAUGAGUCUCCCAUCUCUUUGCUUUGUAUGGUGCUGCAUUUGUACAGUGAGGUUGUAUUUUUGUACACAGUAUUUAUUUAUUUUUUCGCUUACUGCUUUCACUCUAGAACUCACACCAUGUUGUUCUGCCUAAAAAAUUCUGCCUGCCAAUGUUGACUGAGA